UUAAUUUUUUUGUUUUUGCAAAUUUGUGAUGUGUAAUGACUUUCUGUGGUUACAUAAAAAAAAUAUUUUUGCAUUAAUCAUCAAUAAGUCCACUGGGUAAAUUCCCUAGCAUUAAAAUUCACAAUUAUUUUUUAUUAAUAAUAUUUUUGUAAUCAUUUUGAAUGUUUUUGCAGAAUGUUUGAAUUAAACUUUGCGUAUUAUAUAAUUUCCAGAGAGAGUUUCCUAACCACAUCAUUGAGUUAAAAAAUAUAAGGCCAAUUAUUGUUUGGAAGUGCAUAUCUUUUAACAAAUUAGAUGGUUAGGUGUAAGUAUUUAAAAAAAAUAAUAUUGCAUGUUUAGCGAAAAAACAAAUUUUCUUCAAAAGAUAGUAACAGUAGUUUUACUGAUGUUUAUGUUGGGUACACUUAAGUGUAAGUUUUUUUUUAAUUUAACUUCUUUAAUUUAUUAUAAAAAUUUAGUUUAUUACCUAUCAUUAAAACCUAAGACCUAACAGUCUAGCUGAGUUUUAGUUACUCUGCAUUUUAGUAUGUAGGGUAUCUUUGUUAAUAGUUAUGCAGAGUUGAAAAUUGAAUUUGUAUACAUUUCAUGCCUUGAUACACCAAACUAAUGUUUUUUAUUAUCAAUUAUCAGUUGAAUUAUUGGGUAUAUUUCCGUAAUAAGAUUGUCAUAUGACAAAGCAGCAAUGUUUUUAAAAAUGUCUUGGUUUUAUUUGGAAAAAGUUGCUGUAAUGUAAACUUUUAUAUGACUAAUUUGUUCUUGUCAUAGCAACUAUAGAACACAAUAUUUAUACUGUCUACCAUGUUCUUUUGUUUUCAUGGGGUGGUAUAUCAAAGUUUCUCUUAAUUAUUGGAUAUAAAUAUAUACAUACGUCUUUGUUAAGUCAGUGUAUAUAAUGAUGGUGUAGAAGGUUUCAUUAUGAAAAAUAACUGUUUUAUUGCUAAGACAUUUACAUUGACUUUGACACAAGAAAGUACAGUUUCCAGUCGCUCAGUGUUGCUACAAGGUAGCAAAAAUGCCAACAUACAUGAAAUUUUUUCAGAAGAUUUUAAGCUGGCGUUGGACUCGUAUCGGGAGCAUGCAAAGAAGAUCAUAAACAAACAGUUAAAUCUUUCACCAAAUAUUGACAGUUAUGAUAUAAAAUUCAGUGGCUUCUCUAUUAAACCUGAACUUGUCCAUGCAAAGACAUCAAUAGUGAUGGAUAUGCACAUUGUGGGCAACGUUUUGAUGAAAAAAAUGGAUUUUUAUAAAUAUGAGGAUGUCUCUUCCGCUGCAGUGAAAGAACUUAUUGAAGUUUUAAAGCGUGCAAUCGAGACAGUAGUAAGAAAUCAUGCUGAUAUAGAAAUUACAAGUAUGUGUUAUGGAUUCGAAGGUACAACCAUGUCCUUAAAGUUUCUUUUGCAAAAAGCAAAUAACGGUGUUUUUAGCAGCUUUGAAGAAAAUCAAAUUGUACAGGUGUUAAACGAGGAAUCAAAAUUGUCAGAAUUUAAAAUGUGCUUAAGUGACAUUGGAAUAGAAAGUGGUACAGUUAAAAUUGAAUUUCCAUGUUUAAAGCCCUUCAGAUAUGUGUUUGUAACAACAAAUAUUGUUGUGGAUGAAUCUCACAAGUUAUUAGAUUUAGCUGAUCGACUUGAAGGCUUUCAAGCAAGUCUUGAAGUUUUUUCAGUUUUUUAUAUGGACAUGCAAAAGGAAAAGGAAAAUGUACUGAACACAGAAUCAGAAACUCUAGUUCACCCUUUACGAAAAUUAGAGACAUCAGCAGAAGAUCAUACAUUUAUAUUUGGAAAGAAAAUUGAACGGUGUGUUGCCUUGAUUUUGGUGGAUAUUCAGAAUGACUUUAUUUCUGGCAGUUUAGCAUUACGAGAUGCUCCUGCGAGAGAAGAUGGAGAAAAAGUAGUUUCUGUCAUUAAUGAAAUUUUAGAGAAGAACAAAUUCGAUUUGGUUGUUUAUACACAAGACUGGCAUCCUUCUGAUCAUUGUUCCUUUAUCACAAAUGUGGAUAAAUACGAGAUCCACAGUUGUUCAAAGAAAACUGCAGAGAAUGUAGAAGUAUUUGAUCAAGUGGUUUAUGAUGGUGAUCCUGUGUUAGUUCAGGAAAUAUGGCCACCACAUUGUAUACAGGGUUCUUAUGGUGCAAUGUUUCAUAAAGACUUAAAUGUCGUGAAAGACAGUGUAAUCUUACAAAUUGGAACAAAUCCUUCCAUAGAUAGUUAUUCAGCAUUCUGGGAUAAUGCGAGGAAAUCUCAGAGUAAAUUGAAAUCCAUCUUGGAAAGCCAUAACAUCACCACAGUGGUUAUUGCAGGACUGGCUACAGAUUAUUGUGUUGGUGCCACUUCUAUUCAUGCAGCCGAAUUUGGUUUUGACACAUAUAUCGUGAGGAAUGCGUGCUGUGGUAUACAUCCCACAGAGAUUGAAAUUAGAAUUGAGCAGAUGAUCAAAAAGGGUGUUAGUAUUAUUGGAUCUCAUGAGAUUCCUCAGAAACAUAGUCCGUGGUUGAGUUUUCCUCCAAUCAGUCCUGGUGGAAACAAUCAGUAUACUGAGGAUUCUGUCACUGUUAAGACUGUAUUGGAAAAUUAUAUCAAUUUCCAAAUAUUGGAGAAAUCUCUUAACAAGCCAGAUAAUGAUUGCAACUGGCUUAAACUUGGGAAUGAGCUCUCAAAAGUAGUCAAUAUAACAGAAACCUAUUUGAUUAGAAUACAGAAUCGAGCGCGAUGUGGCGGUGGAAACCCAGCAGAAGAGUUAUUUAAUAGCAUGAAAUCUAAAUUACCAACCCUUACCAUAGCUGAUUUCACUGCUUCAAUUAAAGAGUGUCGAAGAGAAGAUGUUCUUCGGUACUUAAAUAGCAAGGUAUUGCCUGAAUUAUUUACUGAUUUAUCACUUGAAGAAGUCGAAGAUUUGUCUGGCUUACUUAACACAAGCAAUGGUCCAGGUUGGGAUAUCUUGGCCGCCAUAUUGGGAUACAGUACAAGUGAAAUUGACUUAAUAAGAAGUGUUUCUAUACAGUCUGGACAUACUUACAGUCCCACGGGAAGCCUACUGAGACGGUUGUUACAUAUCAGUCCUGAUUUAAAAGUUAGUGUGUUGAUAAAUGCUGCUCGUCGAAUACAACGAAACGAUAUUGCCAAUUUUUUAUUAGAAAAUAUUACAGAAAUGAAUAACCAGCGUAUGUCAAAUAAAAGACACAUUUCAAAACUUUUGAUGUUAUGAUUGCUUUUUUUCAACAAUUGUAUUUGUAGAUAAUUUAAGUUUGCCUUUUUGAAGCACAAAGUUCAUGACCAGUAAAUACUAGUACAUGCUGUUUGCGAGUUAGUCCAGUGAGUGAGCAUCAACAGCAUGAAUUGUUGUUUUCUUAGAUAUUAUUUUUUUACGUUUUUAUUUAUAUUAUAAUAACUGACUUUCUGUCUGUAAGCCAAAAAUUGACAAGAAAAUUCCAGUAAAUUUUGACAGGUGAAUUCCCAUGGUUUUUCUAAUGGGUGAAUUCCACCGAAUUUUUCACAGGAAUUUAAAUUCUGAAUAUGUUUAGACGACGGCUGGUUGCAUUGUCUGUCUACUAAAAAUAAAUUACUUGUCUUGCUUGCCGGAUGAACGUUUCUCUUUUGCUGCCACUUGGUUGUAUUCUGUUGUUCUUAGAGUGGUUUUUAAACACACAUAAAAUUUAAACAUAAUUAUUUGUGUAAAUCUUGUUUAUGUGCCUGUAAUUCUAAGUUUAUUAUGUUUAAGAUGUAUCUAUUUGGAAUGGUUUUACCAAGUACUGUAUAUUGUUCUAUCUGAUAGUAAGGAAAUCCUGCUACCAGGGCAAAUGA